AUGGACGACGAAUGCGGACGCGAUGGGCGACGGGACGACGAUGAAUCAUUCGUCCCGUGCCCACACGCGCGCGCGCGGACGCGCAUGGACGACGACGACGACCGCGCGCGCGCGCACGAGGAUCACAGCGCGACGACGCCGCACGAACGGCUGUGCGUGGAGGCGGCGCGAGCGCUCGUGGAGGCGUUCGGUCGGGACGAUGGGUCGACGACGCGGGCGUUCACGAUUCGAGCGCCGCACGAACACUGGCGCACGGAGGCGUACGCGUGCGAGGUACGGUGCGACGCGCGCGCGCGCGAGUGGCCGAUGGGAGCGGAGGGUGAAGACGUGCGGGCGGUGGGGAGUUUGUUGGAACGCGCGCGGGCGGCGAGAGGAACGCGCGCGGGCGGGGUGGAAUUCACGCACGCGAAGCGUACGGUGGAUUCGUUGGAUCACGUGUCGAUGUUCGACGCGCACUGUGCGUUGUUCGUCCGAGCGGUGAGCGCGAGCGGGCGGUUCGCGGACGCGGAUGAGGCGACGACAGUGCGCGCGGCGUUCACGCAGGCGAUGUCGGCGUUAGACGUGGGAGACGCCAUUGCGGUCGUCACCCCACGAGGGUAUGAUGAGAGAGAUUUUACCGGGGAUGUGUGCGAUCGAGAUCACGGAGACGCGGUGUUGGAGACGGACGUGACGCGAUUCACGAGGUUUAGCGGAAGAGAAGAGAAAGCGGCGCGGACGUUCUCUGGGUGCGUCAGUGCGUUCCUCAAGCAAGUGCGAGACGCGCGGGUGGACGUUUCGACGCGCGCGAUCGAGGCAGAGACAAAGGCUUUAGAACAAGCGCUCGUUUCUGCGCGAUUGACGUUCACACUGCGGCGUGAGGACGGUCGGACGUCGACGGCGGCGAGGACAAACGACGACGAUUCCGAAGACGAGCGCGAAACGCUUGUCGGUCUUCGACGCCAGAACGCGCACGAGAAUAUAGCAAAUUCGGAUGAUUUUGGUUUAUGUAUAGAGGAGUGGGACGACGAAUGCCCGUGGGCGCGAUGGGUGAACGUUGAGGAUCCGUGGCUCUCGUUAGAGCUUGAUGCUCUGUGGCUCGACGAGCCUUUCGAUUCAAUGUGUGGUUUCUCCAUGUCGGAUCUUGAAGUCGAGGACGCUAAGAUAUGGAGUCUUAGGGGUGAGCUCACGCAAGCGGCACGCGAUAGAGGAGAGGACGAGGACGAGUUCAUAUCGAGCGGCACGACAACUUUGAGCGAGUUGAUUUAUGCGCGCGCGGAGGACGCCAUCUUUGUGCGCGCAACCGACGGCGCAGUGGACACCGCAUCGUUGGCCGGUGUAGACUUUUGGCGGCAACGUGAUUUUGAUGUACUGCCUUUACCGAGCGACACACACUCGAGAGGCAUCGUGGCGGAUAUAUUUACCACGAGCGUGAGCGUUUUGAGCGAGUUUGAAGAACCGUUGAAAUCGGCUCCGGCAAACUCAUUGAUCUCGCGUUUCGCUCUGCACGCGUGCCUGUGCAAGAACGCGCGCGCCGUGGCGAAUCUUUGGAACAUCUUCGUUCGCGAACUCCGACAAAAGUAUUGGGAGCGCGGGCGCAUGGCACCUGGCAUCGACUUUGACGACACGCUCGGCAUUGAUCAUGGCGCGUGUGUCUUACAUCAAAAGCUGCAGCUAAUCAAUCAAUGCAUCGUCCGAAGGAAUAAACGAAGCGAUACCGAGUUGGAAAAGAGCACAUUCUUUACGGAACAGCGCGAGAAAGAGACGAACGCUGACUGGGAUCUCGCGGCGGGUGGAUGGAGUGGGGAUGAGGAAGUUGAGACGCACAGCAUCGGAAACGUCGAGCCAAAAGUUGAUGGACUGGACCCGAUCCUUCCCGAUGUAUCGCCGAUGAAGCCCAUGAGCCAUCCGAUCGACGACGAUUUAGAUUUAAACGUUUUGCUGGGCGACGACGCGAAAAUCCCGCCAUCACUCGAGCAAGCGACGAGUGGUAGCAGCUCUCUGGCGUCGAAAUUUGACGAGGACGCGUACGCGAGCGCGGAUGAAGUCUUUGUCGAUGACAACGGUGGUGAAGUUAUCGACGCGAUCGCCGAGGGGAUAUCUAGAACUCUGAAAAUCCGCAUGAUGCAGCCACCGCACACAUUUAUGUGCGCGCCAGUCACGCAGGCUGCGCCGUUGCUGACGGAGGAUAUGCUCGCUGAGCGCGAAGCCGCACUUCGAGCUUUGGGCGACGACGAGCAUGGUCGCGCCGCUCGUCAGCGCGCGCAGAGCGAUUCCCUGAUCUCCGAUAUGUCCGCGUUCAAGGCUGCGAAUCCGCGCGCGACCUUCGAGGAUUUCGUUCGUUGGUAUUCCCCAAAGGAUUGGGUGGAGGGGGCAAGCGACGAACAAACAGACGAAAUUUCAGCUUCGGUUGCUCCAAGGGGACACCUGAGCGAACGAAUGCGUCACGACGGAAAUGUUUGGGCCGAGCUUUGGAAACAAGCACCACGUAGUAUGGCACGUGAUCAAAAACUGCUGUUCGAUCCGAUCGUAGAAGGUGAAAAGGCGUUGCAUUAUCUGGAGACGAUUCCGGCGGCGGCGCUCCUGGAUCACGUCGUGCGGUGUGCGUGCGCGGCUUCUCUCGGGUUGUUAUUCUCCGCGGAAACGGCCAAAGACGAGGCCGCGCGAGACGCGCUACGAAAUGCCAACGACGCGUGUUCGAGUGUUUUUGCUCGUGAGGGCACAUUAACGCUGGACGAUUACGACUUCCCGUUGGCCUUGAUCCAAGUCGCCGAGCGCACGGUGCAUCGAGCGGAGAGUCUUCGAGUUCGUGCGCCGAGCGCUCCGAUGACGCUGGUCGAUCGCCUUCUCCGCUCAGCAUCCGAUUGGGAACGCGCGCGUGCGAAAGAUUUCCUCGCGGCGUCGUCGAUAACGGUAAAAGCGACGUGCGAGACACCCGCCGAGCGCGCGUACGUUGCCGCACUGCUUGCGAAAUCGCCGUACUGCUCCGAGUACGCCGUCGCCGCGAGUCCGACCACCUCAGACGCCCUUCCCGGCCAUCGCCUUCGGGUCGUCGUCAAUCCCGAUCACACGCGCGUCAGUCGUCGCAUCGCCGUCGCCCCUUUUCGCCCAUGA